AGCUCUCAGACGUUGAUUCGCAUUUGCAUCGUUGAGGUUCGACUACCUGACAGCUCGUAAAAAACCAUUUCACCGAAAGGAAAAGGCAAUAAAAUAUUGCAUUUUUAAGCUAAUUAAAAUAAAUAGAAAAUCUAUAUAAUUAAAAUGUUUCGAGUCUUUUGCGCUGCUUUUAUAAUUUCCAUUUCGGGAUUAUGUUUGACUGCCGAUAUUGAGUUGCCGCCAGCGGAGUUUAAGCCGGUCCGAGAAUUGCCUAACGAUAUUCCGACUUGUCGAGAGGGCGACAUCAACAUCAACGAGUGCAUCAAACAGGGCAUCCAGCAGAUAACGCCACGCAUGAAGUAUGGAAUCAGCGAGCUGAACAUCCCGCCCCUCGAUCCCUUCGAGAUGGGCAAGAGCUCCUACAGCUACAACUCCGGACUCCUCCAGGGUCGCAUCUCCAUGAAGAACGUGGUGGUCCACGGCCUCAGCACGGGAAUCGUGGACAAGGUCGACUUCCGGCUGAAGAACGGAAAGGUUCGCAUGGAGAUCCUCUCCCAUGUCCCACAAAUGUUCGUCGAGGGUCUCUACAAGGCGGACAUCAAGCUCAACGACCUCAAGCUGAACCCAAAGGGAACCUUCAACAUCACCAUGACUGAUGUUGCCAUGAAGGCGAGACCCAUUGGCGAACUUUAUGAGCGUGAUGGACACACCUACCUGCGUUUAACCAAACUGGAGACUGAGCCCAAGGUGGGUGACCUGAAAUUCUACGCCAACGGACUGGUUCCCGAUCCGGUGCUCAACGAUGUUAUCUUGGACUUUAUCAAUCAGUACUGGCGUCAAUUGUAUCAGGCGAUGCUUCCCGAGACUUUGUCCGCCUGGCAGCCUUUGCUCCUUAAAUCCUCGAAUGAUUUCUUCGCUGCAUUACCAUUUGAUAUGCUUGUUACCAAGAAUUGAUAUCCCGACUUAAAUACUGUUAUUCUAUUUAUAACGUUAGGCUUCAUCUGUUCUACUCAAGGUGUUAGCAUAGUUUUUACCGAAAUAAAGAUGAAUUUACUUAAA